ACUUACUUCUCCAUCAUUGCACUUAAAGGUACUUUACAAAUUAGAAAAACAGGAUCUGCCACUACUGGUACAUACUCGCAUAACACGAUAGCUCACCUAUAACCCACAGGUCUUUCCUCUCUCACUCAUAAUUUAUGAGCUGGCAACUUGUAUCAUGACUCAAUGAGUAGUCACAAUGCACGUAUCGGUUAUUUGCCGAAGGUCGCGAGCCCAUUUAUGCCCUAGACCUACUAAUCACAGGGAAAGGCUUCGAAAGGCCCCAUCACCCGUGGCAAGACUUGGGGAGGAUCUGAUUAAUGAUUAGCCAGGCAGUCGCGCGCACGGACCGUCGCUAACAGUGCUCCUUCUGAGUCAAUUGUGGCCGCUUAAUGCAUUUGUCAAGUAAAGCACGCGGAAAACCAUCUCCUUCACCUUCUAGCGUCUACCUCCCUGCUGCUGAUGGCUGUCUCAAUAAAUGUGACUCAAGCUGUAGGUCUCGUGUGCGAGGCGAUGUUGUACGGAGUUUACUGCGUCCUAUUUAUUACCUCUGUUGUAAUUCUCAUCAAACGCGACCAAGUGUCCAACCGAGUAAUUUGGGUUGCAAACUGCCUCCUAUUUAUGACAUCUACGGCUCACUUUGCGUUGAUGUUCAACCACUUUUAUCUUGCACUCGAAUAUGCUCCGUUUUCAGAGUUCGCAAACGAAACUCCUGCACUAUUAGGAGCAAAUUUGAUGAUUUCUGUGGUCGACUUCAUUGGAGACUCGCUCCUGAUCUAUCGAUGCUGGCUUAUAUGGGGGAAGCAGUUCUAUGUGAUUGUUCUCCCCCUGCUCACUGCUCUUGGGGGCUUUGGGUGCAUCUUGCCCAUCCCAUCCCUCUUAUUGUCGAUCAACCCGACAUCACCAGUUCCCCCAACUCAGAUUGUACCAUUGACCAUUGCCGGAUACGCAUUGCCUCUUUGCACGAACAUCAUGGUCACUGGGCUCAUCGCUGGUCGCCUUUGGUACAUCUCUCGCAUUCCUAUCGUCGACGAAAAUGGAAAGCCAGUGACUUUGAAAAUCGCGGCUGGUGGGCGGCCGAUGAUGCUAGUCAUCGAGAGUGGUGCUAUGUACUUGGUCACGCAGCUCAUUUUUGUCAUUCUCGUAGCUAUUCGAAAUCCUGCAGAGGCAGUGUUAAGUCUAGCUGGGACACAGAUCUAUGGCAUUGCGUCCACCUUGAUUAUAAUUCGUGUUGGCCUGGGAAUCUCGUCUGAGCAGACUAUGCCGGCAGUGAUGACGAGCACUCGCGUGGAAUUUCGGUCCCAACCACAAGAAACCACAGGGAUGCGCUCACUGGAUGCGGAACAGUGGUCAUCGGGUCAUCCUUCAAGUUGA